GUUCUGUAAUACAAUCGAAACUUCCCUUUCCUAAACUUGAUACCUCACCUAAUUGUUACAAUAGUUCGGUAGAAUAUCAUAAUGGCAAGCAUGAAGGCAUUCCGAGCUCUCACACGCCCAACACGUGUCCCCCUCUCCCCCACUAAGCCCCCCGUCCCACGCACCUCAUCCCUCUCAUUCUCACCCUCUCUCGCAUCACCAUCAUCACAACACGUCCGAACCUUCGCAUCCUCAAAACACCCCAAAGACUUCGCACCGCCCAGCACAGCCGACUUAGCCGAGCUGCGCGAGCGCGUGCAAGACUUCACGCGGCGCGAGAUCACGCCGGAGGUCGCAGCCCACACCGACCGCAGCAACGCGUUCCCGGCGGACAUGUGGGGGAAACUCGGGUCGGCGGGCUUCCUCGGCAUGACGGCGGACGAGGACGUCGGGGGCCUGGCGCUGGGGUACCAGGCGCACUGCGUGGUGAUGGAAGAACUAUCUCGCGCCAGCGGCAGCAUCGCGCUGAGCUACGCCGCGCACAGCCAGCUGUGCGUCAACCAGCUGCAGCUCAACGGCACGCCGGCGCAAAAGGCGAAGUUCCUCCCGGACCUGAUCGCGGGGACCAAGGUAGGCGCUUUAGCUAUGUCGGAGUCCGGGGCGGGAAGCGAUGUGGUGAGCAUGCGGACGAGCGCGAAGAAGGUCGACGGCGGGUUCCUGCUUUCGGGGACGAAGAUGUGGAUCACGAACGGGCCGGACGCGGAUGUGGUCGUGGUAUACGCGAAGACGGCGCCCGAGGCCGGGUCGAAAGGGAUCACGGCCUUCAUCAUCGAGACAUCCACCUCCUCAGGCUUCAGCUGCGCGCGCAAGCUCGACAAGAUGGGCAUGCGCGGCUCGAACACGGGGGAGCUAAUAUUCGACUCGGUGUUCGUGCCCUCGGCCAACGUUCUGGGCGACGUCAACGGCGGCGUGCGCGUGCUGAUGGAGGGCCUCGACCUCGAGCGCCUCGUGCUCAGCGCGGGCCCGCUGGGCCUCAUGCAGGCGGCGCUCGACGUCGCGCUGCCCUUCACGCACCAGCGCAAGCAGUUCGGCGCGCCGGUCGCCCGCAACCAGCUCGUCCAGGCCAAGCUCGCCGACAUGUACACGAAGCUGCAGGCCUCGCGCGCGUACACGUACGCCACGGCCAAGGCGGUGGACGAGGAGGGCGCGGUCCGGACCCAGGACUGCGCGGGCGCGAUCCUGUACGCGGCCGAGCGGGCUACCGAGUGCGCGCUCGACUGCGUGCAGCUGCUGGGCGGCAUGGGGUACGUGGAGGAGAUGCCGGCUUCGAGGUUACUUAGGGAUGCCAAAUUAUACGAGAUAGGGGCAGGAACCUCGGAGAUCCGCCGCAUGGUUAUCGGGAGGGCGUUUAAUAAGGAAUACGCGCAUCUUGGAGCAUGAUCCUGGUUAGGUCGUUUAGCAAAUGCAUUGGAGCCGGCGUCUAGGGAAAUAUAGUAUCAGAAGUGAAAUUCAAUUGAGGUCGGGUCUACAAAUCAUGAGUGGUUGCUAAGUCGAUACAUAAGCCACCCCUAACAUUAUAUCAACUGCAAGACGCGAGAUGAAUAUAAUAAUUAUAUAUUUCUGAG